GCGAUUCCGCAUCUCGCAACAAGACUUCAGUUCUUGUAGUCUGUUUUCUGGAAACACGUCGACACCAGCAAAGGAAACAUGGAAGUACACGCCAAAUAGGACCGUCACAUUUUUGAGCGAAGACGAACUACAGCCAUGGGAAGACACUCGGCACUUUUAGCAGCAUGCUGAGUGGCCACCUCUCCCAGGAUGCUGGAACUGGGCGCGUGUUCGGUGAGUGCGCAGGCCUCCCUGUCUGAACGCCAUGCCCACCACCUGCCCCCUCCGCCCCACCUUGCCUCCCACCUGCCCCCCGCCCCCUUGGCAUCCAUCCGCACGGGUGCCUGUCCUGGCACUGGUGUCCCCUCGCCGCGAUGCUACGUCCUGCCGCCCGAGGACGCCGAGACCUGGCACAAGCACCGCAGCGGAUUCGGCCUGGGGGGUGGCACCACGGGGGUUGGCACAGGGCUGGGUGGUGGCAUGGGGAUGGGACUGUCCUCGUCUCGAUCGGGCUCCCUCCUGGAGCCCCCCAGCCUGGCAGAGAGCCUGAUGUCCCCCAGCAGCAGUGGAGAGACCCUAUACAUGCCCCACGGUGGAGACACUAUAUACGGGACCCGCGCCGCCAUGCUGCCCACCUCUCUGGACCUGCUGUCUGUCACCGCAGCUGCUAUGGACGGAGCGUUAAUGGGGGGGCAUGGAACGCACACGGGCCUGGACCCCUCCCUCCCCAUCAGCCCCAACGUCAUCAAGCGCAGGAGGGGGGGUCUCAUCGAGCAGCGCGACAUCAUUAAGGCUCACCAGGCUCACAAGAUACAGAGCACCCCGCAGGCUCGGCGAAAGGAGUGGGAAAUGGCUCGGUUUGGAGAUGACGUUCCUGGGCUUUUGGGACCAGGGGAGGGACUCGGAGGCUCGGAACGCAACAGGAGCCGCGAUGGUGCGGCGGUUUCCACAGGUGGCAUCUCGCCUGCCUUCAAGCAGACCAAAGCCCAGCGAGCCCGCACCAUGGCCCUGUACAACCCCAUCCCCGUACGCCAGAAUUGCUUCACAGUCAACAGAUCACUCUUCAUCUUUGGCGAGGAUAACGUUGUUCGAAAAUACGCCAAGAAGAUCAUUGAGUGGCCUCCGUUUGAGUAUAUGAUCCUGGCGACCAUCAUAGCUAACUGCAUAGUGUUGGCUCUGGAGCAACAUCUACCAGGAGACGACAAAACACCCAUGUCCAAGAGACUGGAGAAGACGGAGCCCUACUUCAUUGGGAUGUUCUGUUUCGAGGCGGGCAUCAAGGUGGUGGCUCUGGGCUUCGUGUUCCACAAGGGAUCCUACCUCAGGAACGGCUGGAACGUCAUGGACUUCAUAGUGGUGCUCAGUGGGAUCCUGGCUACUGCAGGCGCUCAUAUGAACAUCCCAGUGGAUCUGCGGACGUUGAGGGCAGUGCGAGUUCUCCGUCCUCUGAAGCUCGUCUCAGGCAUCCCCAGCCUGCAGAUCGUGCUGAAGUCCAUCAUGAAGGCGAUGGUUCCUCUGCUGCAGAUCGGCCUGCUGCUCUUCUUCGCCAUUCUCAUGUUCGCCAUCAUCGGCCUCGAGUUUUACAGCGGACGCUUGCACAGCACCUGCGUCGCUCGACCUGAUAUCAAAGGUGAUGCAUCAGAUGUGGAGUACCCCUGUGGUUUCCGUCAGUGUCCCCCUGGGUACUACUGCAACACCACAGCCUGGAUCGGGCCCAAUGACGGCAUCACGCAGUUCGACAACAUCCUCUUUGCCAUCCUCACCGUGUUCCAGUGCAUCACUAUGGAGGGAUGGACCAACGUACUAUACAACGCCAACGAUGCCUUAAACCCCACCUGGAACUGGCUCUACUUCAUCCCCCUCAUCAUCAUCGGCUCCUUCUUCGUGCUCAACCUGGUCCUGGGAGUACUGUCAGGGGAGUUUGCGAAGGAGAGGGAGCGUGUGGAGAACAGGAGAGCCUUCAUGAAGCUCCGGCGGCAGCAGCAGAUCGAGAGGGAGCUCAACGGAUACAGAGCCUGGAUAGACCGAGCAGAGGAGGUCAUGCUGGCAGAGGAGAGUAAGAACUCAGGACCUUCUGCUCUGGAUGUGCUGAAGAGGGCCACCAUUAAGAAGAGAGGGGAGGCCAUCCACCGCCGGCCAGGAGAGGACCAGUACACAGACAUCUCCUCUGUGGGCAUGGCUCUGAACAGGGCAAGUAUCCGCAGUGCCAAGCGCGGCCCAACGGCGUAUUUCCGGCGUAAGGAGCGCAUGCUGCGUAUAUCUGUGCGGCGCAUGGUGAAGACGCAGAGCUUCUACUGGAUCGUGCUGGGACUGGUGGCCCUCAAUACACUCUGCGUGGCCAUCGUGCACCACAACCAGCCUGACUGGCUCUCCACAUUCCUCUAUUAUGCAGAGUUCCUGUUCCUGGGCCUGUUCCUCAUGGAGAUGUUCCUGAAGAUGUACGGCAUGGGGCCCCGCCUCUACUUCCACUCCUCAUUCAACUGUUUCGACUGUGGAGUGAUUGUGGGCAGCAUCUUAGAGGUCCUGUGGGGCUUCAUCAGGCCAGGCAUGUCGUUUGGCAUCAGCGUCCUGAGAGCUCUGCGCCUGCUCAGGAUCUUCAAGAUCACAAAGUACUGGGCAUCACUGCGUAACCUGGUGGUGUCCCUCAUGAACUCCAUGAAGUCCAUCAUCAGCCUCCUCUUCCUCCUCUUCCUCUUCAUCGUUGUCUUCGCCCUGCUCGGCAUGCAGCUCUUUGGUGGCAGGUUCAUCUUUGAAGACUACACUCCAACUAACUUCGACACAUUCCCCGCUGCCAUCAUGACUGUGUUUCAGAUCCUGACAGGAGAGGAUUGGAAUGAGGUGAUGUAUAAUGGCAUCCGGUCUCAGGGUGGAGUCAAAUCCGGCAUGUGGUCCUCCAUAUACUUCAUCGUGCUCACGCUGUUUGGAAACUAUACCCUCCUCAAUGUGUUCUUGGCCAUCGCUGUGGACAAUCUGGCUAAUGCUCAGGAGCUCACCAAGGAUGAAGAGGAGGCGGAGGCGGCGUUCAACCAGAAGCACGCUCUGCAGAAGGCCAAGGAGGUGGGGCCCAUGUCCUCCAUGAUGUCCUCAGACCGGAGGAGGAGGCCUUACCUGUACCGGCGCCGCGCCAUCCACCGCGGCCGUCCCGCCUUCUCAUUGGAGGAGGCCGAGCGGCUGGCGGGCAACCUCAGCACGCGGCCCUUCACCUCUACCACCUCUUUCAUGUCCAGGCGCGAGCGCCGGCGCCGAAUGACCAUGUCCGUGUGGGAGCAGCGCACCAGUCAGCUGCGGCGCCACCGCCAGACGUCCAGCCGCGAGGCCCUGAAGCCCGGCGACGACAACAACCAUCUCAGCGAGCCGCCACACCUGCGCUCCGGCCUGCUCUCCCCCGGAGGAGGGUCUCUGCGCCUGCCGCACCCGGUCAUAGCUCCCAUCGUGGCCGCCGGAGGCGUGGCGGAUAGCGGGGCCUCCAGCACGGCCGUUGCCGCAGCCGCCUCUAUGAACCUGGCACUGGGGGGAAACCCGCUAGCACUGCCCGAGCCUCCGCUGAGCGUUCCUGAACCACCGCUGCCCAUGGACCUGCCCUUACCUGUGUCAGUGCCCGACCCGCCGGUGGUGGUGGAUAUGUCUAGUCCUGAGAGAGGGGGUUCCGGGGAGGAGAGGCUGAGGGAGGAGGGGGAGGAUGGGGAUGAGAAGCAGGGGAAUGAGGGGGUAACUAACCACUGGCACCACCACCCCCCAGACAAACGGAGGGUGAACGGGCAGCUGAGGGAGAGGGCUAUCCGCAAGGCGCGCCCCCCCUCGGCUGACAUGCUGACCCCAGACAUGGGCAUGCUGGAGAGGAGGGCGCGGGAGAAGCAGGGGGAGAGGGCCAGGGAGGGCCGUAGUCGUAGCUAUAGCAACACCCGUAGUCGUAGUCGGUCCGUCAGCAGGGAGAGACGAGCGCAGGAUGCGGCAGCCGAGGAUAGGCAUCAUCAGGAUCACCAUGACAACAACUCCAACGAGCACAGCAGGCAGACGGAGCUCUCUGCCUUCCCCGACUUGCUGUCCACCACGCCUGAGUCCACUUCGCCCCGCAUCAGGAGGAAGGAGGAGUCCCCCCCUCCUGACCCCCUGCACCCCUCGCCUGACCCCUCGGAGAGCACCAAGGGUGGUAGCGGUGGGGGAGAGGGUGAGGGUCAGCAACCCUUAACGGACCCCCCUUCCCUGGGCCAGGACAUAGACAAGUCCCCCCUGGGCAGCAGCAUCAUCAUCGAGGUGACAGACACCCAGACGAACACGCUGUCUCUGGAGCUGACUGCCCUCACCGGUCCCAAUAAAGACGUGGAGUCUGCUGGUAAGCUGGGGAAGGAGGAAGAGGAGAGGGACAAAGCCCCCACUCCCAACAGCAUGUUCAUCUUCAAACCAAACAACCCUGUGCGGCGUGCGUGCCACUACAUAGUGAACCUGCGCUACUUUGAGAUGUGCAUCCUGCUGGUGAUCGCGGCCAGUAGUGUGGCCCUGGCAGCCGAGGACCCUGUGGCCGCAUACUCAGACUGGAACAAGGUGCUGCGGUACUUUGACUAUGUGUUCACUGGCGUGUUCACAUUUGAGAUGAUCAUCAAGAUGAUUGACCAGGGUCUGAUUCUCCACGAUCGCUCCUAUUUUCGAGAUCUGUGGAAUAUUCUCGACUUUGUUGUAGUUAUAGGAGCCCUGGUAGCCUUUGCUCUCACCAAUGUGAUGGGGAAUAAUAAAGGGAGGGAUAUUAAGACCAUCAAAUCAUUGCGAGUCCUUCGAGUCUUGAGACCUUUGAAGACAAUUAAGAGACUCCCUAAGCUAAAGGCAGUGUUUGACUGUGUGGUGAACUCUCUGAAGAACGUCUUCAACAUUCUGAUUGUCUACAAGCUCUUCAUGUUCAUCUUCGCCGUCAUCGCUGUGCAGCUCUUCAAGGGGAAAUUCUUCUACUGCACAGACAGCUCCAAGGACACUGAGAAGGACUGCAAGGGCUUCUACAUCGACUACGACAAGGACAAGAAGGAGGUGAAGGAGAGGAGGUGGAGGAGGCACGACUUCCACUAUGACAACGUGGUGUGGGCCCUCCUCACGCUCUUCACCGUCUCCACUGGGGAGGGCUGGCCACAGGUCCUGCAGCACUCUGUGGACGUGACGGAGGAGGAUCGUGGGCCCAGCCGUGGUAACCGGAUGGAGAUGUCCAUCUUCUACGUGGUCUACUUUGUGGUCUUCCCCUUCUUCUUCGUCAACAUCUUCGUGGCCCUCAUCAUCAUCACCUUCCAGGAGCAGGGAGACAAGAUGAUGGAGGAGUGCAGCUUGGAGAAGAACGAGCGGGCUUGCAUUGACUUUGCCAUCAGUGCCAAGCCCCUGACCCGGUACAUGCCCCAGAACCGCCAGACCUUCCAGUACCGCCUCUGGCACUUUGUGGUGUCUCCCUCCUUUGAGUACACCGUGCUGGCCAUGAUCGCACUCAACACCAUCGUGCUCAUGAUGAAGUAUUACUCAGCUCCUCCAGCCUAUGAGACGGUGUUGAAGCAUCUGAAUACGGCCUUCACCGUGCUCUUCUCCGUGGAGUGCGUACUGAAGAUCAUGGCCUUCGGAUUCCUGAACUACUUCCGGGAUACGUGGAACAUAUUCGACUUCAUCACUGUCCUGGGCAGUAUCACAGAAAUCGUGGUGGACCUGCAGGUAUACACUUCUGGAGCAGUGAACAUGAGUUUCCUGAAGUUGUUCCGAGCUGCCCGCCUCAUUAAGCUGCUCCGUCAGGGCUACACCAUCCGAAUCCUGCUCUGGACAUUCGUACAGUCCUUCAAGGCACUGCCGUAUGUGUGUUUGCUGAUCGCCAUGCUGUUCUUCAUAUAUGCCAUAAUUGGAAUGCAGGUGUUUGGGAACAUCCAGCUGAAAGAGGACAGUCACAUCAACCAGCACAACAACUUCAAGUCCUUCUUUGGAGCCCUGAUGCUCCUCUUCAGGAGUGCGACGGGUGAGUCAUGGCAGGAGAUCAUGCUUUCGUGUCUGGGAGGGCAGGACUGCGAGCCAGAUCCGUCCAAUCCCGCGCCAGCAUUGGCCACGGAGCACAAGGGGGGAUGUGGAACAGACUUCGCCUACUUCUACUUUGUGUCAUUCAUCUUCUUCAGCUCCUUCCUGAUGCUGAAUCUGUUUGUGGCGGUGAUCAUGGAUAACUUUGAGUACCUGACGAGGGACUCCUCCAUCCUGGGGCCCCAUCAUCUGGAUGAGUUUGUACGCAUCUGGGGGGAGUAUGACCGCGCCGCAUGUGGCAAGAUCCACUAUAGGGAGAUGUACAAAGUAGUGCGUGCUAUCUCCCCCCCUUUGGGCUUUGGAAAGAAUUGCCCCUACAGGGUGGCCUGCAAGCGUCUGGUGUUGAUGAACAUGCCUGUGGAUGGGGACAUGUCUGUCCACUUCACCUCUACUCUUAUCGCCCUCAUACGCACCGCCCUGGAGAUCAAGAUCGCACGAGGGGGAGAGGACAGGCAGCAGAUGGAUAUAGACCUUCAGAAGGAGAUCAGUGUCAUCUGGCCUCAUCUCUCCCAGAAGAACCUGGACCUGCUGGUGCCCAUUCAUAAAGCUAGUGACAUGACUAUCGGGAAGAUCUAUGCAGCCAUGAUGAUAAUGGACUACUACAAGCAGAGCAAAGCCAAGAAGCUACGGCAACAACUGGAGGAGAUGAAACACGCUCCUAUGUUCCAGAGAAUGGAUGCAUCCUCUCUGCCUGAGGACAUACUCAGCAACGUCAAGGCACUGCCCUUCCUCGCUCAGAGCACCGGCUCUGCCCUGGGUCACUUUGUGCCUCUGAGUCCGUUGUCUCCUCCUGAGCUCUUCAUGUCAGCCAUGCGGCGUCAGGAGCGGCGGCAGAGGCAGGAGGAGGAGGAAGAGGAGGAGGAGCCAGAGGAGUACCACCACCAUUACCACGGCAGCCAGAGACACACAGGAGUCCCGGAUAAGAAAGAGAAAGGCUCUAAGCCUGCUGUUAGCCCCACUAGCAAGCAGGAGUCUCCGCUCGAGGUGCCUGGUCGCGGCGUGUCCACCCGGGCCUCCUCGAUGCCGCGGCUCGCCAUAGAAUCACAGGUGCCGGUUGACAGCAGUCUGAUGAGGCGCUCCUUCUCCACCAUCGGGGACCAGUGUGUUAACGACCUGUGGCAGCAGGAGUACUCACUGGAGAGGAUCAGCCCUGACCAGAUACAGCACCGCCCACGCCAGCGCAGCUUCAGAGCUGUCAGGUCUAACAUCCGCGACGCGUCAGACAGAGAGAGGGGGCGCUCCAAGGAACGGCGUCACCUACUGUCCCCUGACGUGUCUCGCUGUAACUCUGAGGAGAGGAGCCAGCAUGCCUCACGCGAACGCCAGCAGUCUCGCUCUCCCAGCGAGGGACGACGUGCACGCUCACCCAUCAAACAGGGCGUCAACUCUUCAAGCCCCAACCCCCCCAGCUCGGAGAACAGCACCCCGCGCAACCGUCGCCAGCUGCCCCAGACCCCCUCCCGCUCGCGGCCCCACAUCUCCUACUCGCCCCUGGUGCCCCGGGCCCCUGUAACCCUGCCCCCCACCACCCCACCCCCUGCCUCCAGCUCUGCCACCACUGAGGUGCCCGCCAGGACUCCGCCAGAUACCGAGCCCAAGCCGGAGGAGCCGAGGCUGGGGUUCGUGUUCCCCCCAACACUGGAUGUGGAGGAAUCCAGGCUGGAGGCAGUGCUGGGUCCGGAGGAGCCCAGAGUGGGUGCUGUGUUUGCGGGCUGCAGUGUGGUGUCUCCCCUGGGUGUGAGGGCAUCCCUUGGACCAGUGGCCACCUGCCCGUUGCACGGCUCCCCUCAGCGCUACAUCUCUGAGCCCCACCUGGCUCUCCACGAGGACAUGCAGAACCUGGAUGCAGUCACCACCACCUCGUCCUCCACCUCCGCGGGUGGCAAGGAGGAGACUCUGACCUUCGAGGUUGCCAUGGCCGCCAGCCUGGGUCAUCGUACCAACGCGGUAAGCUCCGCCCCUCAGCUGCGCCACACCUGGCAGGUGCCCAACGGCCACUUCCGCAAGCGCCUUGGCCCCUCCUCCAGUGCCGCCGCCGAGCUGCUUAGCGACACAGACGAGGACGACCGCUGCUAGGCAUGAUGGGAAAGCUGUGUUUGGCUCUGGAGGACUAAAAGGGGACGGGCGAGAGACAAGAGUCAUUGGUGGACCCUGGACAUGGUGGCGAGAGACAACAAUCAUAGGUUGACCCUGAACAUGGUGAUCAGAGAAGAAAGGAUAAAAGAUUAAGAAGUAAGGACACGCAAAUUGUGGGAGCAAUGGAGAAGAAGGGAGAAAUGGAGGU